AGCCCACCCGCUUCCUCGCCUCCCUCAGCCGCCUCCUCCCUCGCUCUCCCUCUCUCUCUCUCUCUCCCUCUCUCUCUCUUCGCUGUGGCUGGUACUCCGGAAGAAAGAGACAGAACCUAGCGACGCUCCUCACGCCGUGAUCUCAUCACGAUCAUCCCAAUCCAUCCACCUCCUGAGAGAAAGAUCGAUCCUCGCAGCUCGAAGUAGGUUGGUUCUCGGUCGGCGACGCGAGUGGCGGAGCGGCAUUUCUUCCGGGGUUUCAUAGUUGAUCUUGCCGCUCAGGGUCGCCUCUGCAUAACUGCAUUGUGCUGAGAGAGCGAACUGAGGAAAGGCGAAGCAGAUCUGAAAUAUUCGGCAAUUAACCAAUUUCUGAUACUUCGUGAAUCGUGCAGUGACAUAUUGAAAGAUACAGAUGUGAAGUAUCCGUCCGUUUCAAGCUGAGAAGAGAAUCUAGAAAUUUCUGGAACUUGGGAAAAUUUGCAACUAGUUCAGCUGUGCUGCACAAAAUUCUAGCUGCGAUCAGGGCAAUGAAAUUGCUCGUACUACAGUAAGAGUACCAACAGAUCAUGGCAUCUCCAACCCUAAAAGCAAAAGAUGAAAGCAUGCUUGGAACAAAACAAUUCCAUCAGCAGAAGAAAAGAAUCACAACUCAGACCCAAUCCUCAAAAUCCCCCAGCAAGCCUUCCCCUAGUAGAAUAAAGAAUGUUGACUUCUCAGAGAAGGUUGGGGCACUCAAAACAGAAAAGCUCCCUCGACAAACUGCUAAAGAUAGGGAAGGAAUCAAGAAAAAUUCAGUUAUGUCACCCUUAUGUACUCCUCAAAAGCCAUGGCCUGGUAGGAAGGUUAUUGAGAUGGACGAACCAGUUAAGAACAUGUCAAAUGUGCCCUUGUAUCUUAGGCGCUUGGAGAAACAUGAUAGCAUCCAUGAAAAGGCUCUGAAUGUUGGAGUUCUGGAGUGGGGACUUCUUGAGAAAUGGACACAUGAGAAGUGUGCCACGGAUGGGACGGGCGGAGACUGUGCAUCGAGUUGUACGGAGUCCUCUACGCUUUCUACAUUUGGUUUUUCUAACCAAUCUUGUGGAACAACGGCUAGUCCUUUUUAUCAAGGUAAGAAAUCUUCUGUUCUUGCUCAUAAGAAAAUGUCAUUUUUGGGCAGCCCAACUAUGACGCAGAAGAAGGUAGUAAAUAGACUUGAAGAAGGCAUUUCUGAUUCGAAGAUCUCUUCUAUUAUGCUUCCUAGUGUGGAUUUUAACCCCUUAGAUCUCCAAAAUGACAAAGAUAUGGGAACUUGUUUAGAUUUUGCAAGCGUGUCUGGUGAAGUACAUCUAGAAUCACAAUCUACCACUUCACCUUCAAGAAUUAAUACUGAUCAUGCUACCACAAUCAGGCUUGGUGAGGAUCAUGAUUGUAUCUUGACGGAAGCAGGAAAGUUUGCAGACUUUACCAAUAUUAUACCCUUUACCAAGAAUACAAGGCCACCUUUCCAUAACAAUGGAGGAAUUUCGAGUUUUCUUCAACCUAGUGCAGAUAGUGGACAGCUUAGUUCUGGAUCUACAAUAACUACUGACUAUUGGCAAAGUGAGUCAAACGACAAAAGCCAUUCAGGUGAUGUAGUUGAGGAUUUUGAGAUCAUGGACAAAUUUUCUAAGGUUCCUUAUUCAUGCCCACUUCCUCUGGCCAUUCUGAAUGAUGAACCUGAUAUACCAUGCAAUGUUCCACUGGUAGAAACAACACCAAUUGAUAAAUCAGUUCGAGGAAACGGGGGCAUUGACGUAUGCCCUAGUGGUUCUUGUGAGAAACUUGAAUCCAAUGCUACUCAGAAAUCAAGAAAAUUUGAGGCUAAAGCAACGUCUUCAGCAGGGAAGAAGUCGACCAUCCAUCCGUCUAGUGUGAGACCAACUAGGAUGAGUAAGAGUUCUAGUUCAAAAGGAGGCUCAUCGGAAGAGCUCUUUGAGUCAAUUUCUCUUCUGUACAAUUCCCAUGGAGAGCAAGUAACCAGAAAUAGUAAAGGCCGACAAAGUCCAUUGAGGAGGUUACUAGAUCCAAUAAUGAAGCCAAAGAACAAUCUUCAUUCAACUGGGAAAGUUGCAGCCUUACCUGGUCAGCAUUCUGGUGAACUAAGAACUGAUAAAUCAUCCCCGGGAUUGAACAAACAGUCAAAGACAAAUGUUAAUUCUGUGUCCCAAACAAGAGACAGCAUUAUUACUUCGAAGGAAUUACCUAAUGAUGGUAUAGGAACUCAAACUGACAAAAAUCAUGCAACAAACAUGAAGCAGGCUCUUCUUCAGCUGGCAUGGAAGAAUGGUCUUCCUUUGUUCAUGCUCUCGUCUGGUGAUGGUGAGGUACUUGCCGCAGCAAUAGCAGGAAGCAGUGCUCCCCACAUUGACAAUCUGGAGUGCAUGUUCCAUAUAUUCUCGAUAAAUGGUUCAAAGAAGAAAAACACAUUUUGGAGCAGCUCUGUAAACAAGGACAAGCAACAUCAGUUGAUCUCAAAUGUUGUUGGUCAGUUGAAUGUUGCACUUGGCGAGGUAAAGAGCUUUCGCCAUGGAAGCUUUGAUUAUGUAAGAGAGUUUAUCUUGCAUGACGCUUACAAGUCUUUUGAUUCUUCGACUGCAAGUGAGCUGGCUGCGAUUGUUGUGCCAACACCACCAUUUAGAAAACCUAACUCACGCACUCAGGCCUACAUCUGUAAUUAUGGAGGAUCCUUAUUGACAAAUUCAGCUGGAAAUUCAAGGACAUCACCUGGUGAGAAAAUUUUGCAUUCUUAUCAGCACAAUGGCAAAGGUCAUUCUGGUAUAUCAGUCAUAAUUCCGAGCGGCAUUCAUGGUUUGGCCAAUGAUGGGGAGCCCUCAACUUUGAUAGAAAGAUGGAGAUCAGGAGGUGAUUGUGACUGUGGAGGUUGGGAUGAGGGUUGCGCCUUAACUAUUCUUAGUAACAAAUUUCAAGCGCACAAUUCAUGUGGUUCAUUCCAACCUUAUCAAACUGCAGAUGGCACUUGCCGAUUUGAACUAUUCACUCAGGGAGCAUCUCAGGACACAAGGCAUGCCUUCAGCAUGGUUUCUUUCAAAGAGGGGCUGUACACCGUUGAUUUCCAGGCGUCAAUUUCUCUACUUCAGGCUUUUGCAAUUUGUUUAGCAGUCAUCCAUGGCAAGAAGCCCUAUGAUCAUUCAACCCUGCGAAAGAAUUUGCAGGAACACAAUGUCAACGAUGGAUCAGGGCAAGCUUCUACUACUCGAGGUGACCCUAACAGCUAUGUGCGAAAUCACCCGCCUGUUUCUCCUAUUAGAAGAACUUAAAGUCUACCGAUACGGUGUAGUGCGCAGCUUCUGCAGGAAGAUUCUUGCACCUCUAGAAGAUCAAGGCAAUAUAGUUUGAAUAAAAUCAGCAAUUCAAUUGGGGCCUUGGGCACAAGCCUCUCCGGCGCCACGAAGUCAUACAUAGUAUUAGUAUCAUAUAGCCACUCUGAAAUGCUGUAGCUUCCAUUUCCUUGGCAACUUGUAGGUCAUCUUUGUUUUUCAUGUAAAGAAAACCAUAUCUCCAAGUAAUAGUAUGAGGAGGCUAUAGCUGCGAAUCA